GUAACGACCCGGGAGUGUGUUUCUUUAAGAAUGUAAGGUGGGUGAGACCCUUUUCCUGACGCGCGCCUGGUAUGCAAACAUAAAUUUAGCAGCAACGUGUUUGCCGGGGGAACAAAAUAUCUGGAAGCGACCGUGGACUGUCAUGCUGUCUCCGUCCGCUCUUGGCUGACUUUUACCUUUUUCCUCUCUCGCUCUCCUGGAAACUGGAGCCGGAGCGCAGCGCGGAGAGACGACUGGACCUCUUUCUCCCCGAGUGACUGGGGCAGGCUGGGACAGAGAGCGGGCGAUCAGAGCCGUCUCUCAACGCUUUGAAAUUACUUAAGAGUUUGUUUGCGUCCGUGAUGAGUGGGAGCUGUUUGUGGACGACUAGCCUGGUUCUCCUCGCUGUCUGUGCGAAGAUUGCCGUGUGGGCCAACAAUGGAGAUGCAGUGUUCAUCAGGGAAUUCACGCUGAUUCGGCGAGAUCACCUUGCUGAAGAGCCUCUGCAUGAUGGCGGCCAAAAACCAGAAGACCCGAGCUCACGUACAGCCCGAUCAGAAGAGGACAGAGACACGCUUUGGGACGCCUGGGGUUCCUGGAGUGAAUGCUCUCGUACAUGUGGCGGAGGAGCCUCCUACUCCCUCAGACGAUGCCUCAGUUCCAAGACCUGCGAAGGACAGAAUAUCAAAUAUCGCACAUGCAGCAAUGUGGAUUGCCCUUCAGAUGCCGGUGAUUUCCGUGCCCAGCAGUGUUCAGCUCACGCAGAUGAGCAAUACCAGGACCAGUACCACGAGUGGCUGCCGGUAUACAAUGACCCAGACAACCCGUGUGCUCUCAAAUGUAAAGCCAAGGGCUCAGGCCUUGUGGUGGAGCUGGCGCCCAAGGUGCUGGAUGGGACACGCUGUUACACAGAGUCUUUGGACAUGUGCAUCAGUGGUAUCUGCCAGAUUGUGGGUUGUGAUCAUGAGCUUGGAAGCACUGCGACCGAGGACAACUGUGGAGUCUGCAAUGGAGAUGGCUCGUCCUGCAGGCUUGUGCGGGGACACUACAAAUCCCAGCAUUCUUCGGGAAAAACUGAGGACACAGUGGUCACCAUCCCUUACAAGAGUCGUCACAUGCGUCUGAUCCUGAAAGGCCCGGAUCACUUGUACAUGGAGAGUAAGACUCUACAUGGUGUAAGAGAUGAACUGGUCUUGGAUAGAUCGGGGCAGUACUAUAUAGAGAACACCACCGUGGACUACCAGAAACUUUCAGAUAAAGAAGUCCUGAGAAUCACUGGCCCACUCGGAGCUGACUUCACAGUCAAAGUGCAGUUUACCGGUGGUACAGACAGCGUGGUCCAGUACAUCUACUACCAGCCCAUCAUCCACCGCUGGAGAGAGACCGACUUUUUCCCAUGCUCCGUCACAUGCGGUGGAGGUUACCAGCUAACCUCAGCAGAGUGCUAUGAUCUACGGAGCGGACGGGUGGUUGUAGACCAGUAUUGCCAUUACUACCCAGAGAAUGUCAAACCCAAACCCAAACUGCAGGAGUGCAACAUGGAGCUGUGCCUGGACAGUGACGGCUACAAGGAAAUUAUGCCAUAUGACCAGUACCACCCCCUGCCUCGAUGGGAGAGCAGCCCCUGGACAUCCUGUUCCACCUCUUGCGGCGGGGGCAUCCAGAGUCGCUCGGUAUCGUGUGUGGAGGAGGACAUGCAGGGGACCAUCACUCCCACAGAGGAGUGGAAGUGUCUUUACUCUCCCAAAACAGCUGUCCUGCAGCCCUGCAACACAUUUGACUGUCCCACCUGGCUGGCACAGGAGUGGUCACCAUGCACAGUGACUUGUGGUCAGGGGCUGCGCUACAGGGUGGUGUUAUGCAUCGAUCACCGUGGCCUGCACGCCGGAGGCUGCAACCCUACCACCAAACCGCACAUCAAAGAGGAGUGCCUGGUGACUGUGCCCUGCUACAAGUCCAAAGAUACGCUACCAGUUGAGGCAAAACCCGUGUGGCAUAAGCAGGCCAUAGAGCUUGAGGAGGAAGUCACAGCCAGUGAGGAACCAGCCUUUAUCCCCGGUCCCUGGCAGCCCUGCAGCAGGACAUGUGGUGCUGGGACCCAGCAUCGGACGGUCAAGUGCCAAGUGCUGCUGUCUUUCUCCCAGACAAUCGUGGACGUGCCAGAUGAUGAAUGCGAGGGGGUCAAACCUGCUACCAGCCAGCCUUGCUACAGCAGUCCCUGCUCUGUAGAUUUGGGUGAAGCAGGACAAAGUAAAGAGGAGGAAGAAGAGGAGGAGAAGGGCAGGACACUGCAAAGAGAGGAACUGCACGACUGGGAGUACGAGGGCUUUACUCAGUGCUCAGAGAGUUGUGGGGGAGGUGUGCAGGAGGCUGUGGUUAUCUGCCUGAACAAGCAGACCAGAGAAGCAGCAGACCACAGCCUGUGUGUGAGCUCUCGGCGACCCCCACGACUCCUCCAGGACUGCAAAACUCAGCCCUGCCCACCCAGGUGGGAAACUGGAGAGUGGAGCUCCUGCUCAGCUACAUGUGGGGUAGGUCUGAUGAUUCGCACUGUGGUGUGCACCCACCGGCCCUCUCGUGACAGCAAUCACACUUUAGUUUUGAGGGAUGAAGACUGUCAGAACCCCAAGCCCAGUCCUGUCCAAGCCUGCAACCGCUUUGACUGCCCUCCUAUGUGGGACACGCAUGACUGGGGACAGUGCUCCCAAAGUUGCGGUGGUGGGGUUCAGAGGAGGCAGGUACUAUGCAAGCAACGUUUGGCUGAUGGCAGCAUUCUGGAGCUACCUGACACGUUUUGCCCUACUAAGAGUCCUACAAGCCAGCAGCCCUGUGGUGAGCAGGAAUGCCCACCUGAGUGGGUCACAACGAGAUGGUCCCAGUGUUCAGUGACAUGUGGAAAUGGUAUUCAGACCCUCCAAGCUGUUUGCAGGAAGAAAGAGGUGAAUGGAAGGUAUUUGACAGCAGACCCUAAGAACUGUUCCCUGCUGGCUCGUCCUAGCAGAAUCCAACCAUGCUUCUUCAAGCCCUGUGAAAACUCUGUCAAGCCUGAUGCCACCAUACUGGCUCAGAGAAAAGUUUAUGUCCAGUGGCGGAAAGGCAAAAAGGUUCACCUGGGCAUUGGUGGUUAUGCAUACAUCCUGCCUUGGACAACUGUGGUCCUUCGCUGCCCAACCCGCCACUUCCGUAAGGGCCAAAUCCACUGGCUGAAGGAAGGGAAGCCCCUGGUCAACCUACCGCACCUCUCCAUAACGUCACUAGGAUAUGUGAAGAUCCAUCAGGUUCGCGCAUCUGAUGCUGGGAUAUAUACAUGUGUCGCAGGUGAGGCACAAGAACAUUUAGUCUUACAGAUCAUUGGCAGCAAGCAAAAGCUGUCUGUAGCAGAGUCAAUGCUCAGACGACAAAAGGUUGGGCGACCGGAUGCAAUCUCAGCGCAAGAAAGAUUUCAGGAGCUUCACAUCUCCCUCAACCGAUAUGAUACAAUUAUUGAGCGUUUGCUUAAUCAUAAAGAGUCCAUUCGAGAUGAAAAAUACAUUGCUGACAAAUCACCUGCCAGUGAAAAGAACAGUUCUACCCUGGAGGAUGAAGGGUCAGAAAUUUACAUCCCAGAGGUCCUCGUUGCCGACACCCGCAGGCUAGAGGAGAUCAUGAAAAACUUUUCCGAAGACCUUGGAGGACUACGGGAGGAACAACUUAUCGCCCAACUGCUUAGUGAGCUCACUGUGGCGCAGGGUGAAACCAAUGAGUCGACGCUUCACCCUCCAGAAAGUGCUGAAUCUUCCACGCAAGAGCCACUCCAUUAUAAACCAAACAUUAAAGCCCACACAGCCAGACCAAGAAACCCGCUGAUAAUCCAACGUUCGAAAAAGAUUGGAGAGGGGCCACAAUCUGAAAUGAUAGUUUAUGUGGGAAUGCCAGUUUUCCUGCAGAAACCAGUUGUUAGUUUAGUGUUGAAGUGUGAAGCAGUAGGAAAUCCUGACCCAUCUGUGACAUGGACGAAGAAUGGGAAAGAGUUGCGCUACAGUAGCAGAGUAGGCCUGUUGCCUACAGGAUCACUGAGGAUCCAGUACCCAAGCAAAGGGGAUGAGGGUUUGUACACCUGCACUGCCAGAAACCGUUUUGGAAGGACAUCUCUUUCAUCUUCGGUGCAAAUUACUGGUGGCAAAGGAAGAAUCUGUGUCCAAGGCAACAGUGUGGGAGCAAAUGGACCGGCUUGUUCUGAGAGGAGGAAUGGCAGUCGGUCGGCUGAGCUGUGCCAAGGACAAGCCUGCCUCUUCAGGUGGCGAGCGGAUGCUUGGUCCCCAUGCUUGGCCACUUGCGGUGGUGGAGCCCAGACUAGAAUUGUGCGCUGCAUGAAGGGUCCCGAGGGCAGGUCAGAAGAGGUAGAGAGUCCGAAUUGCCUUGGAACAGGGAGGAAACCCUCUGAUGCAAGGCCGUGCAACCUCCUUCCCUGUGCAAGAUGGGCCACAACCUCCUGGGGGCCGUGUCAUGGCAGGUGUGUGGGUCCCAGUUUGGCCACACAGCACCGCCAUGUCUACUGCCAAGACCCCAAUGGUACCAGAGUCCCCCACAGGGUGUGCACUGGGCUCCACAGGCCAAGCUCUUUGAGGAAUUGCACCGCUGAGGCUUGUGCACUUCAGUGGCUCGUGGGGCCUUGGACACAAUGCACCGCCACGUGCGGACGACACGGUUUCCAAUCACGCCAGGUGACCUGCGUCCACCUUCGGACCGGCAAGGCCUUCCGAGACCGUCACUGCACGUGGAGGCCUCGGCCUGCCAGCUGGCAGCGAUGUAACAUUUUAUCCUGCGGCAGAGCAGGAGAGUGCCGGGACAGUACGAGGUACUGUGAGAAGGUGCGGCAGCUGGAGCUCUGCCUGCUCCCCCAGUUUAAGAGCCGCUGCUGUUUCUCCUGCCGAAACACCUGAAAGGAGAAGUGAGAACGGUGGUGAAAAAUCUGGAAAGGUCAGGGAAGGUGUCACGGAAGUCAAAGAACCUCUAUGCACCCUCCGAUGUCUUCAACGAUCGCUCCUGGAUUCCCGAGUGCGGAGGAAUGUUUGUUUGUCAUACCCAAAAGUGACUAAAAUCGACUUUUCUCAAAGAUGCCAUACGUGGGUUUGAAUUCAAAAUUAUUGCUACGAGAGGAAACCACGUCUGUUGAUGAAGGCUUUGGUUUUACUUCUUUAUUUUUAAUUUAAAUCUGAAGUUCGUACAAACAGCUUUUGUGUCCCAAACAGUAGAUAUAUUUCCAGUGUGAGCAGUAGGAACUCUGCGGUUUCAUAAAGGGGAACUAAAGCCUUAAAAGCCGUGAUUACGGUCAUGUCCACAUUAACAAAAUCUGAGCAACGUAAUCUUCGGUUUCAGGUUCCCGAGCAAAGAUCACUAUCAUGUUCCUCUGAAACACAAUCACUUCACGCCAAAUUAAGUUUAUAUGAUUGCAUCCAAGCUUGUGAUAACCACUGGAUAGCUCUGUGUUUGUCUUUAUUGCUAGGAUUUUUUUUUUUUUUUUUUUUCUUAACCUGUC